GCAGUAGGACCGAAUCAUGAAAACGGAGCUUAGUAUGAAAAAAGGCACAACCUGUUGUUAUAGAAAAACCCAACCGUCCUAUCUGUUUUUAAUAGGUGGAAAUGAGAGCCGUUCUAGCAUGGAAAGACACAGUUCGUGAACAAUGUGUUUAUGACCUUGCCUUCAAGCCAGAUGGCAGCCAGCUUAUUGUUGCAGCAGGGCUUCGUGUCCUGGUUUAUGACACAGCAGAUGGCAAUAUUAUUCAGCCUUUAAAAGGACACAAAGACAUAGUGUACUGUGUGGCUUAUGCAAAAGAUGGUAAAAGGUUUGCCUCAGGCUCAGCAGACAAAAGCAUCAUCAUAUGGACUUCUAAACUUGAGGGUAUUUUAAAAUAUACACACAAUGACUCCAUCCAGUGUGUUGCCUACAACCCCGUCACUCACCAACUUGCCUCCUGCUCUUCUGGGGACUUUGGUCUGUGGUCCCCGGAGCAAAAAUCUGUGAACAAACACAAAGUGAGCAGCAAAAUAACAUGUUGUGGGUGGACAAACGAUGGGCAGUACCUUGCCCUUGGGAUGAUGAAUGGGGUGGUGAGCAUUCGGAACAAGAAUGGAGAGGAAAAGGUGAAGAUAGAGCGUCCAGGUGGCUCCUCCUCUCCUAUCUGGUCUAUAGCCUGGAACCCCUCGAAAGAUGAGCACAAUGACAUUCUGGCUGUGGCAGACUGGGGUCAGAAGCUGUCCUUCUAUCAGCUCAGUGGAAAGCAGAUUGGAAAAGACAGGACCCUCACCUAUGACCCAUGUUGCAUCAGCUAUUUCUCCAAGGGGGAGUAUAUAGUCAUGGGUGGCUCGGAUAAACAGGCCUCCCUCUACACUAAAGAUGGUGUGCGGCUAGGAACCAUCGGGGAGCAGAAUGCCUGGGUGUGGACGUGCAGGGUUAAGCCUGAUUCCAACUUUGUGGUGCUGGGCUGCCAGGAUGGAACCAUUGCCUGCUACCAACUUAUCUUCAGUACAGUUCACGGCCUCUACAAGGAUCGCUAUGCUUACAGAGACAGCAUGACUGAUGUCAUUGUCCAGCACCUCAUUACUGAACAAAAAGUUAGGAUCAAGUGUCGCGAGCUGGUGAAAAAGAUUGCCAUCUAUAGAAACCGUCUUGCCAUCCAGCUGCCAGAGAAAAUCCUCAUCUACGAGCUCUAUUCGGACGACUCCUCGGACAUGCACUAUCGCAUUAAGGAGAAAAUUGGCAGGAAGUUUGAAUGCAACUUGCUGGUGGUCUGCUCCCAGCAUAUCAUCCUGUGUCAGGAGAAGAGGCUCCAGUGCAUGUCCUUCACCAGUGUGAGGGAAAAAGAAUGGGUGAUGGAGUCACUAAUUCGCUACAUUAAAGUGAUCGGCGGUCCACAAGGCAGAGAGGGCCUGCUAGUAGGGUUAAAGAAUGGAGCCAUCCUGAAGAUAUUUGUUGACAACCCGUUUCCGAUCACACUGCUGAAGCUGUCAACCUCAGUGCGCUGCCUGGACAUGAGCGCCUCCCGCAAUAAGCUGGCCGUGGUGGAUGAGCACAACACUCUCCUGGUGUUCGACAUCAACAGUAAAGAGCUGCUUUUUCAGGAGCCUAAUGCUAACAGUGUUGCCUGGAACACCCAGUGUGAGGACAUGCUGUGCUUCUCUGGCAACGGCUAUCUGAACAUCAAGGCCAGCAACUUUCCAGUACAUCAGCAGAAGAUGCAAGGCUUCAUGGUCGGCUACAACGGAUCUAAGAUCUUCUGUCUCCAUGUCUAUUCGAUGUCUGCUGUGGAGGUGCCUCAGUCAGCACCCAUGUACCAGUACCUGGAGAGGAAGAUGUUUAAGGAGGCCUAUCAGAUCGCCUGUCUGGGUGUGACAGACAGUGACUGGAGGGAUUUAGCCACAGAGGCCCUGGAGGGACUUGAUAUAGACACUGCCAAAAAGGCCUUCAUCAGAAUCAGAGACCUGCGCUAUCUGGAGCUCAUCAAUAGCAUUGAGGAGAGGAAGAAGCGGGGUGAGAGCGACAAUGAGCUGUUCCUGGCAGACGUCUAUGCCUACCAGGGGAAAUUCCACGAGGCAGCCAAGCUCUACAAACGGACCGGCCAUGAAUCCAGAGCCCUGAGCAUGUACACUGACCUGCGCAUGUUUGAGUACGCUAAGGAAUUUGUUGGAGCGACAGACCCUAAGAGCACUCGGAUCCUGAUGACCAAACAGGCAGACUGGGCUAAGAGCAGCAAGGAGCCCCGGGCUGCAGCUGAGAUGUACCUGUCAGCAGGAGAACAUCUUAAAGCCAUAGACAUUAUAGGAGAGCAUGGCUGGGCAGACAUGCUAAUUGACAUCGCUCGCAAGUUGGACAAGGCUGAACGGGAGCCGCUUGCAAAGUGUGCGCAAUACUUCGAGAAGUUGAAGCACCACGGCUAUGCCUCAGAGACUUAUUCCAAGAUGGGAGACCUGCAGGCUCUUGUGCGACUGCAUGUGGAAACCCGGCACUGGGACGAGGCCUUCUCACUCGUGGAAAAGCACCCCCAGUUCAAAAACAACGUCUUCGUGCCUUAUGCACAGUGGUUGGCUGAGAACGACCGAUUCGAAGAGGCACAGAAAGCAUUUCACAAGGCAGGGCGACAAAAUGAAGCUGUGAAAGUCUUGGAACAGCUUACCCACAAUGCCGUGGUUGAGAACAGGUUCAAUGAUGCAGGCUACUAUUAUUGGAUGCUGUCCAUGCAGUGUCUAGACAUUGCUAGAGAAAGUGAAGACCAGAGAGAAGAGAUGCUGAAGAAGUUUGAGCGUUUUCAGCAUCUUGCCGAGCUCUACCACGUGUAUCGCUCAAUUCAGCGCUACACGGAUGAGCCCUUUAGUUCCCACAUGCCAGAGACACUCUUCAACAUCUGCAGGUUCCUCCUGAGCAACCUCACCAAGAACAUACCACCAGGCAUUUCUAAAGUUAACACCUUGUAUGCGUUGGCAAAGCAGAGUCGAAAACUGGGUGCCUAUAAGCUUGCCAGGUAUUCCUACGAGAAGCUCCAGGACCUGCACAUUCCCUCCCGCUUCCAGGAGUCCAUAGAGCUGGGAAGCCUCACCAUCCGCUCCAAACCGUUUCACGACAGCGAGGACCUGAUUGACGGCAUGAUGUGCUACCGCUGCUCCACCAACAACCCCCUGCUGCACAACCAAGGGAGCUCGUGCAUCAACUGCAGGCAGCCUUUCAUCUAUUCUGCUUCAUCAUACGAGGUGUUGCCUCUGGUGCAGUUCUACCUUGAGGAGGGCAUCAGUGAUGAAGAGGCUGUGUCACUGAUUGACCUAGAAGUUCCUCAAACAGACGAGGGGGACGCACGCUGGCAGGACAUGGACAAUGGUGAGCCUCAGGCUUUGAGGAUGGAUGGUUUAGAUGACUCAGAGGAAGAUCCAUUUACAGCCAAAAUGAGCUUCGAGCAGGGGGGUUCGAACUUUGUCCCAGUCAAGGUGAGUCGCCCCUCGCUGCGCUCCAUGAGCAGGAGGGACGUGCUGAUCAAACGCUGGCCCAGGCCGCUCAAGUGGGAAUACUUCCGCUCCCUGCUGCCCGAUGUGAGCAUCACCAUGUGCCCCACCUGCUUCAAGAUGUUCCAUAGUGAGGAUUAUGAGCUGCUGGUGCUUCAACACAACUGUUGUCCAUACUGUCGCAGACCCAUUGAUGAACCAAACUGAUCCACUUAAUCUCAGUGUAGCGUAUUUUUUUUUCAAAAUGUACUUUUUGACAUUUUACUAUCUUGUCACUUGGAUAUACAUAGAUAGCUGUUAAUCAUCAAGUUAAAAGCAGGGUGUUGUCCUUCAAGAAGGAGUCAGACUGAAGUAAUAACUGUGUUGUGUGUGUGUGUGUGUGUGUGUGUGUGUGUGUAUGUGUGUGUGUGUGUGUGUGUGUCGGUCAUUAUAGCGUGUGAGCAAACUGCACCAUCAACCCAAUUAGAUGAUCAAGAUCAGAUUACUGGUGGCUGUCACUGAUUACAUCUUGUGUAGAGUUUUAAAAAAAUAUAUAUAACUGUAAUAAUCUAUUUAUUUAAAAUGAAAUCUAUUUGUUUAGGAAAGGAAGUUAUAACUCAACCGCUAUAUCUGCCAACAAGUGUAUUCCACAGGCUUAUACAAAAACUCGACUGUGCUUUUCAUUCCAGGAAAGGAAAUGUCAUCUUCUGUCCAGUCAUGAGAUUGUAUUUUUAUUUUGUUACAAAGCCUUUUCAAUAAAAUAUUUUUGGUAUACUUUA